AUGUCAUCCUGGCUUCAGCGCCAGGGUAGCUCCCAUCAGUCGCAGCUGGCUGCUACGGCCGUACUCUCGGGCGCCGCAGUCGCUGGCGUCAUUCUCGGCUACCAAGCGCUUCGGCGGAAAGAAGCCGUCCAGCAGCUCAAGGCCUCGAUCCCAAGUAUCGACGAACAACAUCACGCAGAGAAGCUCACAGAUUAUGGAGUCUCCGCCGCCACGCAACUGAGCAAAGAAGACGAGCGCAGCGCCGCUCUCGCCCGUCGAGCACAAGAAGGCGAUUACGAUGACGGUAUGCCACGGCUCCGAUCCUCCUACAUCGUGGUCGUCGGCUGCGGCGGGGUGGGCUCGCACGCGGUGGCCGCGCUGGCGCGCUCGGGCGUGUCCAAGAUCCGGCUGAUUGACUUCGACCAGGUGACGCUCUCGUCGCUGAACCGGCACGCGCUGGCGACGCUGGCGGACGUGGGCACGCCCAAGGUGCACUGCAUCCGCAAACGCCUGGAGCAGAUCGUGCCGUGGGUGAAAUUCGACUGCCGCAACGAGCUGUUCGGCGGAUCGGUGGCCGAGAAGCUGCUGGCGCCGUGGGCGCAGAACGACGGCGACAAGGGCCGCAAGCCGGACUUCGUGCUCGACUGCAUCGACAACAUCACCUCCAAGGUGGAGCUGCUGCACUACUGCCACACCCAGGGGAUCCCCGUCAUCUCCGCCAUGGGCGCCGGCUGCAAGUCGGACCCGACCCGCGUGACGGUUGGGGACAUCUCGCACAGCACGGACGACCCGCUGUCGCGCAGCACGCGCCGCCGCCUCAAGCUCCUCGGCGUGACGACCGGCAUCCCCGUGGUGUUUUCGACGGAAAAGCCCGGCCCCGGGAAGGCGACCCUGCUGCCCCUGGCCGAGGAGGAGUUCUCCAAGGGCCAGGUGGGCGAGCUAAGCGUGCUGCCGGACUUCCGCGCGCGCAUCCUGCCCGUGCUGGGCACCAUGCCCGCCGUCUUCGGCUACACUCUCGCCAACCACGUCAUCUGCGCCAUCGCCGGCUACCCGCAGGACUACAGUAUCGGCGGCAAGGGCCGCGAGAAGCUGUACGACGGCGUCCUGGCCGCCCUGCAAGGCACCCACGAGCGUCUGGCCCGCGCCGAGUACGGGCCCACCCUCGUCGGCCUGCGGUUGCCCGUCAGCAAGGAUGAUGUCGGCUACCUGGUCGACGAGAUUUGGCGCGGCAAGAGCGCCGUCAGCGGUCUCCCCAGUCGCGUCUGCCUGGUGCCAUGGGAGCGGCCGCCGCGCGGCUUCGCCCCGGACCCGGAGUGGAUGCAGCAGGGCCAGACCUAUGUGCCUGUCGAGAUGAAGAACCUGGUCUGCAUGACCAAGGAUGAGGCUACCCGCCAUGAGAAGGAGGUUCUGCUCGGGGGCAAGACGCUCGAGGAACUGUACGAUGAAAAGACGAUCGAGAUGAACGCGCUGAAUCCCACCCGCCGGGUCAAACGAUACACGCGCCCAUUGAUCGACUACGUGCGCAACGAAUGGCAAUCCAACACCAAGUACUCGUCGGGGUCGUCGCCCGACCGCUCCGACACGCCCCGAUGGGUGCAGAUGGUCCUGUCCAUCGUCACGGCCCCGCGCUUCCGGCGCUAUGCGAUCAUCUACACCACACUGUUUCUGUCCUGUCUGCUGGGCUGGGAGUUCGUGCUGUCGCCGCGGUUGCAGGAGCACUCGGAGUUGACCAAGUCGCUGGACCCGAACUCGAAGGAGACGGUGGGCGGGUGGUACGGGACCAAUGCGCUGCCGAGCUUCGAGGGCGUCCUGCAGCUGAAGACGUUGGAUUCGUCGCUGCUGCCGGCGAAGGAGACGCCCAAGGCGGGCGCGGAGAGCACAAGACGGUUGAUUGUGGUGGGGGACGUGCAUGGGUGCCGGAUGGAGUUGGAACGCCUCCUCGAAGAAGUCACCUUCAAUGACAAGACCGACCACCUCAUCUUCACCGGCGACCUGAUCAGCAAGGGCCCCGACAGUCCCGGCGUGGUCGACCUGGCCCGGAAACACGCCGCCUCCUGCGUGCGCGGCAACCACGAAGAUCGCGUGCUGCUGGUGCGCCAAGAACUCGCGGAGAUGGACGCCAUGACGGACACGUCGGGCGACGAGUACAUGGACGGGCUGUCGACGUCCGGCGCCCAAAGAGAUCUCCAAAUGGCCCGCAACCUCACCGACGAGCAGGCGGAGUGGCUCGACGCAUGUCCCGUGAUCCUGAACGUCGGCCACAUCCCCACGAUGGGCCAGGUCGCCGUGGUGCAUGGCGGGCUGGUCCCCGGGGUGGAUUACGACAAGCAGGAUCCGUUCAGCGUGAUGAACAUGCUGACGAUCGAUCUGGACACCCAUCUCCCGAGUUCCAGUCGCGACGGGAAGAAGUGGACCAAGUUCUUCAACAAACACCAAUCUCUCACCUACAAAUCCACCAAGCACGCCGACGCCCAGGCCACCGACUCCCAGGCCACGACCGUCAUCUACGGCCACGACUCCAAGUCCUCCCUCAGCAUCAACACCUACACCAAGGGUCUGGACUCGGGCUGCGUCAAGGGCGGGGAGCUGACCGCCUUGGUCAUCGCCGACGGCGGCGACCAGAAAGUCAUCCAGGUCCGGUGUAACAACUAUCUGGAGAAGUAG